CAUAUAUAAAUAAACCACAAGCUUCUCCCGGAUUCUAUUUUGUUCUUGUUACUUUACAGAUUUUGUCAAGUUAAAACUCUAAUCAAAGAGUCGAAUUUCAAAGCCAAAUCCAAACUUAUUACUCCUUGAGAUUUCCUACUCCUAUUCGAAUCACUACUAUCCAACUACUAUCCAUUUAUAUUAUCAAUUGAAACAUUCAGUUGUAGAUUCUUUUUGAUUUAAUUCAUAUCAAAUAAGCGUGAUUUAGGGUUUUCAAUUUUUAGGGUUUGUUCUGGAUUUCAAUUAUUGUCUUUGAUGUUAUUCAACAACAUGGGUGCUGAAGCUGAACUCGUUUGUCCGCAAAUCGUUCCUAAUUUGGAUGCCGUUCUCUCUUGUUCUCAACUUGAUAAAAAGACCCCAGAUGCAGUAUCGGAUAAUUCUCUUUGCCCUACCUUGCUGCAAUUUGUACCUAAAAUUCGCUCAGGAAGCUUUUCUGAUAUUGGGCAACGUAAAUUCAUGGAAGAUGAACAUAUUAGGAUUGAUGAUUUAUCUUUGCACCUGGGUUCAAUGUUUACGUGUCCCAAGCCAAGUGCUUUUUAUGGAGUUUUUGAUGGUCAUGGGGGGCCUGAAGCAGCAGCCUAUGUUCGCAACAAUGUGAAUAGAUUCUUUUUUGAAGACGUCAAUUUCCCCGAAUCCUCUGAAUUGAAUGACUUAUUUCUUGAAGGAGUAGAGGAUUGCCUUCGCAAAGCCUUUCUUCUUGCAGAUCUAGCCCUCUCUGAUGAUUGCAGCAUCAGUACUUCCUCUGGAACAACGGCUCUUACAGCUUUGGUAUUGGGAAGGCUGUUGCUGGUUGCAAAUGCUGGUGAUUGUCGAGCUGUUCUUUGCCGGAAAGGAGAAGCCAUUGAUAUGUCUCAAGACCACAGGCCAACAUACCCAUCAGAAAAGCAAAGAGUUGAAGAAUUAGGGGCUUACAUAGAUGAUGGGUAUCUUAAUGGAGUACUAUCAGUGACUAGGGCACUAGGGGACUGGGAUAUGAAGCUCCCAAAGGGUUCACCCUCACCCCUCAUUGCGGAACCUGAACUGAGACAGAUUAUCUUGACCGAAGAUGACGAGUUCCUCAUAAUUGGAUGUGAUGGAAUCUGGGAUGUAUUGUCAAGCCAACAAGCAGUCAGCAUUGUGCGCCGUGGAUUAAGGCGGCACGAUGACCCUGAACUAUGUGCCAAGGAGCUUGUCAGAGAAGCCUUGAGGCUACACACCAUUGACAAUCUCACUGUUGUAGUUGUUUGCUUUUCUGAUCAUCUGAGAGAACAAUCAGGGCUCAGGCCUCGGAGAUUCAGAUGUAGCCUCUCAGCUGAGGCCUUGUCUACUCUGAGGAGCAUGCUGGAGACCAAUGACAGUCGCUGAUUCUUUAGAAGUUGCUAAUGGUUGAUUGAUGGAGAUGUACAUGGUUUACUGUUUUAGGCUGCUUCAGUUGAAUUGUUAGAAAAAGCGGCUUGCAGUUUUGUUAGGGUUCCUCUAUUGGUAGAGUUAAUUUAACUGUUAUUUUGUGUUUGGGGUUAUUGUUGGUGGGAAAGGUUGAUGUGAAUAUAAUUGGAAGGGGGUUGAAGAUGGAUGGUGUAUAAAAUUUGCCGCAUUCUUGCAGUAAUCAGUCCUUAAAUUUGUGUGUUCA